AUGGGAGAAUGGCAACUAUUGAGACCUCCUCCUACCCUAAUUAAAGCCAAGCGGCGAAGAUCAGCAGCUCGAAGAAGCAAAUAUAAUGUCUUGAAGACUGUGAAGGGUAUACUCAAAAAGCUGACUCCAGAGAAGUUUGAUCUCCUCAAAGAUCAAUUGAUUGGUUCAGGGAUAACUAGUGUAGCCAUUCUAAAGGAUGUUAUUUCCUUGAUAUUUGACAAGGCUAUACUGAAUUCAAGAUUUUGCCCGAUAUACGCCCAACUGUGUUCUGAUCUCAAUGAAAAGCUGCCUCCAUUUCCUUCAACUGAACCUGAUGGCAAAGAGAUUACGUUCAAGCGUGUUCUAUGGAAUUACUGUCAGGAGGCAUUUGAACGUGCUGACAAAUUGCGAGAAAAGGUGAGGCAAAUGACAGCCCCUGAGCAGGAGUUUGAACUUAAGGACAAAGAAAGGUUGAUCAAAUUGCGGACUCUUGGCAGUACACAGCUUAUCGGAGAGCUUUUCAAGCAAAAGUUGGUCCCUGGAAAGAUUGCUCUUGACAUUUUUCACGUUGUCAAUUGCUUGCCUUUUCCUCAGGUGUUUUAAUGCCUUGCUCAUUAUCAACGAACCCUCAGUUGGCUCCACGUCUAAGGUGUAUGGUUCGUGAUGUGCUGGUUUUACGUGCCAAUAACUGGUUCCCUACGCCAAUUUUAGUUCUUUGAUCCUCUGAAAAUACUUGCUCUUAUGUUGUCUAGUAACCAUUUUGUACUUGUCUAUUUUGUUGUUUCAAAUGCAGUAUCAGUUCUCUC